AUGGAUAAAGGUCUCCAAGAACUACAGACAGAGAAGGAAACGCUGCUGCAGCAAUCCUUACAAUUAAAGGAGGAACAAAAAUCCAUGGAAGAAGAGAAGAAAACCUUGGAGAUGCAGAAAUCUAUAACAGAGCAAUCCAAGGUAAACGUGGAGGAAACCAAGCAACAACUACAAUUAGAAAAAAAUAAUCUGCAGCUGCAGGUAAGAAAAGUGGAGGAUGACAGGAAACAGCUGGAAGAGGAGAGGGAGAAACUGCAACUGGAGAAACAGAAAUCCAUGGAAGAAGAGAAGAAAACCUUGCAGAUGCCGAAAUCUCUAAGAGAGCUAUCUAUUCUAAAAUUGGAGGAAUCCGCGAAACAUUUAACAUUAGUAAAGAAUAGUCUUCAGACACAGGUGAAAAAACUGGAGGAAGACAGGAAACAACUGGAAGAGGAGAGGGAGAAACUGCAACUGGAGAAAAGAGAAAUGAAUGAGAUGAAGAUUGAAAUGGAUAAAGGUCUCCAAGAACUACAGACAGAGAAGGAAACGCUGCUGCAGCAAUCCUUACAAUUAAAGGAGGAACAGAAAUCCAUGGAAGAAGAGAAGAAAACCUUGGAGAUGGCGAUAUUUAUAACAGAGCAAGCUCGUCUAGAAUUGGAGGAAUCCUGGAAACAUUUCACAUUAGUAAGGAAUAGUCAUCAGACACAGGGGAAAAAACUGGGGGAUGACAGGAAACAACUGGAAGAGGAGAGGGAGACAUUAGAGCAGGAGAAAAGAGAAAUGAAUGAGAUGAAGAUUGAAAUGGAUAAAGGUCUCCAAGAACUACAGACAGAGAAGGAAACGCUGCUGCAGCAAUCCUUACAUUUAAAGGAAGAACAGAAAUCCAUGGAAGAAGAGAAGAAAACCUUGGAGAUGCUGAAAUCUGUAACAGAUCAAUCUAUUCUAAUAUUGGAGAAAUCCUCGAAACAUUUAACAUUAGUAAAGAAUAGUCUGGAUGAUGACAAGGAAACGCUGCUGCAGCAAUCCUUACAAUUAAAGGAGGAACAGAAAUCCAUGGAAGAAGAGAAGAAAACCUUGGAGAUGCAGAAAUCUAUAACAGAGCAAUCCAAGGUAAACGUGGAGGAAACCAAGCAACAAUUACAAUUAGAAACUAAUCAUCUGCAGCUGCAGGUAAGAAAAGUGGAGGAUGUCAGGAAACAGCUGGAAGAGGAGAGGGAGAAACUGCAACUGGAGAAAAGAGAAAUGAAUGAGAUGAAGAUUGAAAUGGAUAAAGGUCUCCAAGAACUACAGACAGAGAAGGAAACGCUGCUGCAGCAAUCCUUACAUUUAAAGGAGGAACAGAAAUCCAUGGAAGAAGAGAAGAAAACCUUGGAGAUGCUGAAAUCUGUAACAGAUCAAUCUAUUCUAAUAUUGGAGAAAUCCUCGAAACAUUUAACAUUAGUAAAGAAUAGUCUUCCGACACAACAGCUGGAAGAGGAGAGGGAGACAUUAGAGCAGGAGAAAAGACAAAUCAAUGAGACAAAGAUCAAAAUGGAUAAAGGUCUCCAAGAACUACAGACAGAGAAGGAAACGCUGCUGCAGCAAUCCUUACAUUUAAAGGAGGAACAGAAACUCCUGGAAGAAGAGAAGAAAACCUUGGAGAUGCAGAAAUCUAUAACAGAGCAAUCCAAGGAAGAGGAGAGGGAGAUAUUAGAGCAGGAGAAAAGAGAAAUGAAUGAGAUGAAGAUCAAAAUGGAUAAAGGUCUCCAAGAACUACAGACAGAGAAGGAAACGCUGCUGCAGCAAUCCUUACAUUUAAAGGAGGAACAGAAAUCCAUGGAAGAAGAGAAGAAAACCUUGGAGAUGCUGAAAUCUGUAACAGAUCAAUCUAUUCUAAUAUUGGAGAAAUCCUCGAAACAUUUAACAUUAUUAAAGAAUAGUCUUCAGACAGAGGUGAACCAACUGGGGGAUGACAGGAAACAACUGGAAGAAGAGAGGGAGACAUUAGAGCAGGAGAAAAGAGAAAUGAAUGAGAUGAAGAUUGAAAUGGAGGAAGUCCUUCAAGACCUCCAGACGAAGGAGGAAACGCUGCUGCAACAAUCCUUACAUUUAAAGAAUGGACAGAAACUCCUUGAAGAAGAGAAGAAAACCUUGGAGAUGCUGGAAUCUAUAACAGAUCAAUCUAUUCUAAAAUUGGAGGAAUCCUGGAAACAUUUAACAUUAUUAAAGAAUAGUCUUCAGACAGAGGUGAACCAACUGGGGGAUGACAGGAAACAACUGGAAGAAGAGAGGGAGACAUUAGAGCAGGAGAAAAGAGAAAUGAAUGAGAUGAAGAUUGAAAUGGAGGAAGUCCUUCAAGACCUCCAGACGAAGGAGGAAACACUGCAGCAGCUGCAAGGAAAACUGGAGGAAGACAUGAAACAUUUCACAUUCAUGAAGAAUAGUCUGGAUGAUGACAGGAAACAGCUGGAAGAGGAGAGGAAGAAACUGCAGCUGGAGAAAAGAGAAAUGAAUGAGAUGAAGAUAAAAAUCAAGGAAAUCCUUCAAGACGUCCAGACGACGGAGGAAACGCUGCAGCAGCUGGAAGAAAAAUGGGAGGAAAACAAUAAACAUUUCACAUUCAUGAAGAAUAGUCUGGAUGAUGACAGGAAACAGCUGGAAGAAGAGAGGGAGAGAUUGGAGCAGGAGCAAAGACAAAUGAAUGAGAGGAAGAUUGAAAUGGAGGAAGACCUUCAAGACCUCCAGACAGAGAAGGAAACGCUGCUGCAGCAAUCCUUACAUUUAAAGGAGGAACAGAAACUCCUGGAAGAAGAGAAGAAAACCUUGCAGAUGCAGAAAUCUAUAACAGAGCAAUCCAAGAAUAGUCUGGAUGAUGACAGGAAACAGCUGGAAGAAGAGAGGGAGAGAUUGGAGCAGGAGCAAAGACAAAUGAAUGAGAGGAAGAUUGAAAUGGAGGAAGACCUUCAAGAACUACAGACAGAGAAGGAAACGCUGCUGCAGCAAUCCUUACAAUUAAAGGAGGAACAGAAACUCCUGGAAGAAGAGAAGAAAACCUUGGAGAUGCAGAAAUCUAUAACAGAGCAAUCCAAGUUAGGAAUACUGGACUAA